AUGGCGUCGCCACCCACACCCACCGCCAGCGCCCUGCAGCCGCCGCCGUCUUGCAGCCGUGCUGCGCCCCACCUCCAUGGCCAUCGCGCCCCGCCUCGCAGCCUCGGCCUCUCCUGUCCCCGCCGUCCUUCUCCGUCGCGACGCCUCCCCUUCUCCUGCUCCUACACCGGCCUGACAUGGACGCCAAGACCCGUGCCUCGCCGUCGUUUCCCCUGUCAAGCCCCCCUUCUGCUCGCACCCUCCUGGCCAGCCGUGCCCCUCCAUGGCCUUCUGCCCGAGCCACCAACCCGCCGCGCCUCCAUGCGCCCGCGCCGACGACCUCCGCCUCCAGCCGUUGCCGGCGAGCAAGCCUCGCUGGAGGACGUCGUCCUCGCCCGGAUCCUCGUCGCCAGCCCCAAGCCUCGCCGCCGCUGCCUCCGCUUCGCCUGA